GCACCACGCCUCCACUCGGCUGUAUUUUACAGUGACUCACUUCCAAAAUGGCUUCUAAAGGGGAACCGGUUUAUCAGAUUUUCUCAUUUCAGGACUGUAAAACCUCUCCAGACCCGAUUUUUGAGCUCCCCGCCCAGUGCCUGACCCCUACACCGGUCCCGAUAGUAAUAGAUAACGGCUCUUUCCAAACCCGCGCCGGCUGGGCGGCUCCAGCGGCGGAGUUUGAGUCACCGCGGCUGCUCUUCAGGUCGGUGGCGGCGCGCAGCCGUGGGGCCGCCCGCAGCGAGACCCAGAUCGGUAACGAUAUCCCAAACCUGGAGCCGCUUCGGUGGCUGCUGAAGAGCCAAUUCGACCGAAACGUGGUGGUCAACUUCGAGAUACAGGAGCUCAUCUUCGACUAUGUGUUUACACACCUGGGCAUCACCUCAGAGGGCAGUGUGGCACACCCCAUUGUGCUGACAGAGGCGCCCUGUAACCCGCUGCACUGUCGACAGAUGAUGUCAGAGUUGCUGUUUGAGUGCUACUGCGUCCCAUACGUGUCCUACGGUGUGGACGGCUUGUACAGUUUCUACCACAAUAACACUCAAAGGAACCUCCAGCCACCACACACUGGCAUUGUUCUGUCCUCAGGAUACCACUGUUCACACAUUCUGCCGGUUAUCAAUGGCAGGUUGGAUGCAGUGAACUGUAAGCGUGUGAACGUGGCUGGAAGUCAGGCAGCGUCCUACCUACAGCGCCUCCUCCAGCUGAAAUACCCAGGUCACCUCGCCGCCAUCACACUCAGCCGGGUGGAGGAACUUCUGCAUGAACACAGUUACACUGCUGUGGAUUAUCGUGAAGAGCUGGAAAAGUGGCGCAGCCCAGAGUUUUAUGAGCGGGAGGUUCACCGUAUACAGCUUCCCUUCUCGGGUAAGGUGCCGGGCGGCUGUGUGAGUGUGGAGGAGAGGCAGGAGAGACGAGCUCAGCAGCUUCGAAGGCUUCAGGAGAUCAACGCUCGCCGGCGGGAGGAGAAGCUGCAGCAGGACCAAGAGAGGCUGGACAGACUUAUGGCAGUACAGGAGCUGCUGGAGGAUGGCCUGUUGGAUCAGUUUCAUAAGAGCCUGGUGGAGCUCAACAUGGACUCAGCUGAGGAGUUGCAGUCGUACAUCAACAAACUGCAGGUGGCUGUGGAGCAGGGCAGACAGAAACUGCUGCACAGCGAAGGAGCAGAGGGAAAGACGGAGGUGUCUGAGCUGGAGCAGCCGAUGGAUGAGGGAGACGGAGUGGCGCUGAUGGAUCCUGACUUCCCUGAGGACACACUGCCAGAAAAACCUGCUAAUGUAGUUCAGCCCAUGUUCAACAUGGCAGAGUACCACCAGCUGUUUGUGGGGACGGAGCGUCUGCGGUGUCCAGAGAUCCUGUUCCAGCCCUCACCAACUGGAGAGGAACAGAUGGGACUAAUGGAGACGCUGCAGUACGUCCUGGCCAGGUACACUGCAGAGCAGCAGGAGGCGCUUGUGAGCAAUGUGUUCCUUACAGGAGGGAACAUGCAGUACCCUGGGAUGAAGGAGAGAGUGGAGAGAGAACUGCUGGCUAUGAGGCCCUUCCAGUCACACUUCAAGGUGACAAUGGCGUCGCGGCCAGCCCUGGACGCCUGGUACGGGGCAAGAGACUGGGCCUUGGAGCAUCGACCUGGACGAGGGGGAGGAGCGGCAGAGGGAUGGAUCAGCAGACAGGACUACGAGGAGAAAGGAGGCGAGUACCUGAGCGAGCACUGUGCCUCUAAUGUUUUCAUUCCCAUGAAAAUUGCCAAACCAGUUCCUGCUCGCCCCAACGAGCCCUCUGUUACCACACUGACAUCAACUGGAGCUUCUGCUGCCGUCACCACGUUUACGUCUGCCCUGACUCCCUCCUGUUCUACUGUUGCUGCUGAUGUUUCUAUGGUUACCUCCUAAACUGGGCUCUCAGAGUCUCUGAUGUUUACUUUUUUGGUUUACUCACUUUCAUUCAGUUUAACUUCUAACUAACAGUCUAACUACAUCAGUUUGUGUCCUCUACCGUUUCCAAGCAUUCCUUUCAACAAACUCCAUAGAGGAGGUGUGAACUAAUUGAAGAUUCAGAUAGGUGAUGCUGCCUAAGCAUGAUUGUAACUUCAAAGAAUAAAUCUCAAUGUGGUCUACUAUUAGGCAUUUCUCUGUGGAAAUUUAAAGAAACACAUCACCAAACAACAAUAAAAGAAGAAAUAUAAGGUACAUUAGCAGUAGCUGUAUUUACAGUGUUAAGGCAUGGAUUUUACCUUAAUGUACCGGCAAAGUCACCAUUCAGGAAUGUUGAAGGGGAUUCACUUCCUGUCUGUUCUUAAUCUGCAGGGAGACUUCAUCUAUUCACACACUGUUUUUGGUGACUUCUGUAACUUCUUGAUUGAAACUUGUUUUGGAAAUAUAGUUUUGUUUUAUUUCCAUUAUGCCUGGCGAAACUACAAGAAACCAUUCAUAUUGAAUGGUCAUCAAAUUAAUGAUCUUAAAAGGUCUAGUGGGAAUAUUUCAUGUAUUACCAUGUAAAUAGAAUUUGUUGUUUUUAAUGUUUUAAAAAAUAUAUAUUUUCACCAAUGGAAA